GUCAGUAUUUAAUUCUCUAUUAUAUAUAGAUAGUUAGAAGGAUAGAUGAGUUCAUUCAUCGAAAAAGGACAGAUGAGUUCAUGGGGAAGCUUUAAUCCAGUACUGAUGACGAAGACCAUGAGCCGCCAACUCUUCCUCCUCCUCCUCGGCGUUCUUGGCACGGUAGCUUCAGCUGCGGCCGGUGAUCAUAUUCAUCCGUCGCCCAAGGCGGAACCCAAACAAAGUCGGUUGCUGCCUUUCAGUCGAGCCAGCUUUCCAGAUGGCUUCCUCUUUGGUGCCGGAACUGCUGCUUACCAGUCCGAGGGAGCCGCUUCGGGAGAUGGCAAGGGGCCUAGUAUCUGGGAUACCUUCGUUAAGCAACAUCCAGGAAGACAUAAAACUGAUGAAGAAGAUUGGUCUGGACUCUUUCAGGUUUUCCAUAUCAUGGAGCAGAAUAUUGCCAAAUGGCAAACUCAGUGGAGGAGUGAACCAAGUUGGCGUUACGUUCUAUAACAACCUCAUCGAUGAGCUCCUUGCCAACGGCAUAAAGCCGUUGGUCACUUUGUGGCACUUCGAUCUUCCCCAAGCUCUUGAAGAUGAAUAUGGUGGAUUCUUGAGCCCCAAGAUUGUGGGUGAGUAUUUGGCGUAUGCGAACUUGUGCUUCAAGACAUUCGGUGACAGGGUGAAGCUAUGGGUGACGAUGAACGAGCCGAAUGGGUACGCCGUGAACGCUUACAACACCGGCAACUUUGCGCCCAGUCGAUGUUCCAAGUACGUGGGGAACUGCAGCGCUGGUAACUCGGCGACGGAGCCUUACAUUGCAGGCCACCAUCUGCUUCUUUGCCACGCCGCAGUGGUGAAGCUCCACAGAUCCAAAUACAAGUCCGUUCACAAGGGAGACAUUGGAAUCACCAUUGUCACCAACUGGUACACUCCUAAAUACAACACCCCUUCCGGCCGCGCUGCCGCCUCUCGAGCCAUCGACUUCUUCUUCGGCUGGUUUGCGCAUCCAAUCACAUAUGGCGAGUACCCAAAGAGCAUGGUGAAGUUGGUGGGGAAGAGACUGCCGAGAUUCACACAAGAGGAGUCCAAGUUGGUGAAGGGGUCGUUCGAUUUUCUGGGUGUGAAUUACUAUACUACCAACUACGCCGAAGAGGCUCCUCCCUUUGAUAAUGAUGAUGAUAAUAGCGACAACAACUCAUCCUCCCUCAAUCUUCAUCUCAGCUACGCCAAUGACAGGCGUGUCCUUCUCACCACCGACAAGGACGGGAUUCCCAUUGGCACACCGACGGGUUUGAGCUGGCUUUUCAUCUAUCCCAAAGGGUUCCAGGAGCUUCUCUUGUAUGUAAAAAACAACUACCACAAUCCCACAAUUUAUGUAACUGAAAAUGGAUUGGCUGACAAUCAUGCACUGCCACUUGAAAUGGCUCUUAAAGAUGCUUUGAGGAUAAGAUACCACAGCACCCACCUCCAAUAUCUUUUGAUAGCCAUAAAGUAAGGGUUAGUUUGGUUUUGAUGAUUGUUUGGUUGGAGUAGUUAUAAUAUUGAAUCGCUAUUUGCCGCCCGUAUAUUUACUAUUUGCCGCCCAUAAUUUUGUAGAAAAAGUCAAUUUUGCCCUUCAACACUUUGAAACCUAACUAAAAUGUCUCGCCGGAACUGUUGGCUGCGUUUUGCUGCCGCCGUUGUGGAGGACCAAACCUGCCGCCGCGAUUCACCCUCUUUUUUCCCCGCAAUCCCUGGCAGCGAUUCACCCUCCACCAUCUUCUUCCGCUUCCCGACUCUCAAUCGCUUCUUGUUUUUGCGUG